UGCCGUUGAAAAGGCAAUAUCGUCCGAGUCCGACUGGCGACUGAACAUUAAACAAGCAAGCAAGUUGGAACGUGAAAUUGGGAUUUGUUAAAUGUUUGCUGUUAAAUUCUAGUUCGUCCUGGCAUGACUGCACGUUGGAGACCUGUAAAUGUUCAUGUGGAUUGUGGAUCUGGAGUAUCCACGGGACUGCUUCUUUAAGGGGUGGUAGAAACAGACCGGAUAACUGUAUAAUGAGUGGAUAGUGUUGUGAGCAAGUCCCCCCAACAUGAGUGAGAUAGAUCUGACACUUGCUCUGCAGCUGCAAGCACAGUUUGAGGAAGAGCUCCGAGUUAGUCUCCUCAAGCAACAAGAGGAGAAGAACAAACAAAAAAAUGAAGGAACCUCUCUUUUCUUGGACUUCCAGGGUACCAAAAAAAUCAAGAACCCCUUGGGAGAGCCUCAACAGGAGAAGUUAUCAUUGUCCCUCAUUGACCCAUCCUGGGAGCUGAUUGAUCCUAACCCAGACAUCCACACUCUCUUCCUUGUUUUCAAUGAUCAGUUCUUCUGGGGACGCCUGGCUGGAGUGGAAGUGCGCUGGAGUCCUCGGAUGACACUAUGUGCUGGAGUAUGUUGCUAUGAGGGGCGUGGAGGACUGUGCUCUGUGCGGCUCUCACUCCCUCUGCUGAAGCUGCGACCACGCAAGGAUCUAAUUGAGACCCUUUUGCAUGAAAUGAUCCAUGCCUACUUGUUUGUCACAGCCAACAACAGGGACCGGGAUGGCCAUGGCCCAGAGUUUCACAAGCAUAUGUAUCGCAUCAAUAAUUUGGCUGGCACCAAAAUUACUGUGUAUCAUAGCUUUCAUGAUGAGGUAGAUGUCUAUAGACAACACAUCUGGCAGUGUAAUGGGCCUUGCCGAACUAGACGUCCCUACUUUGGCUUGGUGAAGAGGUCUAUGAAUAGAGCUCCCGGCCCCAAUGACAAUUGGUGGGCGCACCACCAACAGACCUGUGGAGGAACUUAUGCUAAGAUCCAGGAGCCUGAUCGCUCUGGGGCAACCAAAAAAGGAAGCCAGACAGCCAGUAAAACUAAAGCUGAUGGUUGCAGUGACAUCAGAAAAUAUAUAGGAUUCACUGGGAAAAGUAACUCUCUUGGGGGAACAACCUCAAAAGCUGUUCAUUCAAAAGACCAACAAGUUCCAGUUGAAAUUAACAAAACUAGAAAUUCUGAGAAGGAAAAUACUCCAGUAGGUGGUGUGAGAAGAAAGAUUGAGAAUGAAAGCAAACACAAUCUGGGAGAAACUAAAGAAAAACAUGAUAAAGUCAGAGGCUUUGCUAGUACAUCAAGUGGAGUAGUGAAUCAAGUGAAGGUUAAUGGAGCUAGUCACUCAAAUGUUCACGGAUUUGGCAGCCAUUCUCCAGCUCGGAAGAAACCAUGUGGUGGAAAUGGGAUUGCUGCUGAGAAAAUGCCUGGAAGUAAAAAUAUGGUGAAAAGAAAUACUGGUGGUUCUGGUACUACUGGUGUUGCUGUAAGAGGAAGUGGCUCUCGAACUGUGACAGUUAAGGGAAAGACUGGCACUCAAACUGAGACUCAAGUGAAAGCAAGUACUAGUGAACCUUCCUAUACAGCCUUCCAAGGACAAGGACAUGCUUUAGGUGGUGGUACCACUAGUAUGGUAUCCAGACUUCUGAUUUUCUCAGAUUCCAACUCAUUGCUUCCUUCUACCUCUUUGGAAACCAAGUUAGAUUCUGAGUCUGGAUUUCAUAUGGAUACGGAAUUGGAUCAGAGAGGGAGAACAUCUCCUUCAUCUGUUUCAUCAGCUGAAGAUAAUGUUACUAAGAAAUGCCAAAAGUCAUUGGAUUGUUAUGUAAUAACUCCCUCAUCUUCAGAGUCUGUUAGAAAGACAGUUAGAUGCCCUGUGUGUAAUGUAUCUGUGCUGGAAAGGGAUAUAAAUAAGCACCUUGAUGAUUGUGUAGGCAACUCAAGUGAUGAAGAUGUGAUGAAGGAUGCAAGUAAAGAAAAAUCAUGCAAGGGAAUGUCUCCCACUAAUGGUGAGGUGGUCAUGUGUAUUGAAGACAACAAUAUUAAUGAGAGUAUUAAUAGUGGAGAACAUUCACAGGCAGGUCUCCAAACCAGUAAUGAUGUGGAAAGAGAACAGUAUCCAUGCCCAGUGUGUGGCGAGUGCUGCUCACCUGCCACUAUUAAUCAACAUUUAGAUACACACUUUUAAAUGAAACACACCUUAAGGAACUUGAAACCAAAACACUUUAUUUAGGGAGGCUUUUUAUAGGUUUUAAUAAUUACAAAUAAUGAUGUACAAGUUUUUUUAUUAUAUUAUUUGUAAUGAUUGUAUUUUCUUGACAAACAUAAUUAAUCAUUUUCUGAAUACUUUUCUUACAACAUAUUUCUGACAUGAUAGAAAGCAAUUAUUGAUAUAUUUCUCACUAAAUGUAUUAAAAGGAAAAAGUGUUAGGCGGCAACUAUGAAUUAAUUCCUUCAUUGUUGUCCUACCAGAUGUUAGGAUACAGACACACUGUAUGUGAUUUGAUGGGAGGAUGGAGAAUUGCAGGAUGUCUAGCAGGUCAGAGGCAAGAAUAAAAAUAUGAGUAGCGGGUUCCAUCCAAGCAUCAUGUAUGGCCACUCACAGUAGAUAUAGAUAGGUGCUUGUUUUUGUCUCUUGAUCUGCUAGACAUCUUACUACCUUCUAUACUCCCAACAAAUCAUAUACAGUGUAUCUAUACCUUUUUAAAUGUAAACAGGAAUCUCUUGAAUCUUAUCACUAUCCAUGCACUGACAAGUUGUUAUUUCUGAUCAUAGUACAAGAACCAAGGAAAAUUAAACAUGUAGUUAAGGAGAGACUUUGUAAGUAAAUUAAUGCAGUUGGCACCAUAGUCA